AUGAAGAGCCGAGUUUGUGCGAAGUGUUCUGAAGGAACGCCCAACGCUGCCGAAAAGGUGGUGGAUAACAGAAAAAAAUUUACCAAAAUGCAAAAUGAGACAAAAGAUGAAUCUGAAUCAGAAAAUGAAGUUAUGGAUCCCAUCAUGUCCAGAAUAGCCCAAUCAAUGGUCUCUAAACUUGAGAUCCCAGACACAGCACAGCAAAUCAUCUCUAAGAUUGAGCAAGCAAAACUCUUUCGAGCCAGACAGGACAUUAGUGUGCAGCUCAGUGACAUAAUGCAAAGUGUGCAGCAGACAAUCGAUCGCUACACUGUUGGUGUGAUCCUGCACCCUGGAGAGAAAAUCUCCUAUGUAGAAUAUAAGAGACGAAGAAUGAAUUUGCUGGAGAAAAUAGCUGCUUAUGCUAAUUCUGCUGAAAUUAAAGAAAAUAUUCUUGUCCAUAUCCUGGCAUGGUUGGAAGAAUGGAAUGGCAUUUUGUCUGAGAUGACUGCAGUUGAUACGGGUGACCACUACCACUGGAUAGCACAAAUGGAGAUUUUACCAGAAACAUUCAAAGCCAUUGAGAACAAUGUCAAGAUACUGAUUAGAAUUAGUACCUCUUUGCUCGAAGUAAAGAAGAGCCAAAUGAAAAAAAUAACAUCUAGAACUCUGUGGAAAUCUUGGAAAGAAAGAGUUAUAAAGCGACCUGCAACAGCCCAUGCUUUAAGACCAGAUCAGAUGAUUAGUGACGACAUCGCAAGAAAUAUAAAGGUUGCAGAAAUCCAAGGUAUGCUACAGGAACUCAUAGAUACUGCAAUGUUCACUAAAUUGGAAAACAGUGCUAUUAAAUACAUAUCAUCAACAAUAGUAAACCUUUCUAAAGCACUGAGUGCACUAAAUGAUGAAGUAAAACUUAUUAACUUCCAAAGUGCCAGUGUGUAUAUAAAUGAGACCAAUGAAAGAGAAAAAGAGCUCUCCCAGAAGAUAAUAAAAGAUCUCAGUGAAAAUAAUGUAAUGCUUCAGCAGAAACUUCAAGAUGCAGAAGAAAAAUGUGACCAACUUAUUCGAUCCAAAGUAGCUACAGUGUCACCCACAUCAACCUUGAAAAUAUUAUCUGAGCUUUCUCCACAAUCACCCAGGGCCAUUAGCAAAGCUGAUAAAGAAGAGAGUAUAGACAGUAUUUUGGCUAAACAAUUUGAAAAUAUUAUAAAUGAGGCCCCCAGAAAAGGUAUCAGAGCCUCAGGAAUCAAGUGGGACUCAGCUAUGUUAUAUACAGCCCAAGUUAAAAUGACUCCAGAUUUAAUUGGACAGCAAUCCCCUUUACCUGAGCAAAACCAGAAAACACCUAAAAAUAUCACUGAAGAUAAGGUAUUACUAAAGAAACAUGUUGUCUAUCAGAAAGACGGGACUGAUGAGUAUCAACCACCAAAAAGAGGGCGUAUAAGAAGCACAUCUCUGCCGGAUACCUCUUUAUCAAAUCUGAGUGAAGAUAAAGGUAAAAAGAUGGUCUCAGAACCCAAAGUUGAUUACCAGUUUGAGCUACAAGCACUGGAAAAGAAGAGUAAAGAAAUAACAUCCUUUUCUGAAGCCAAAUCAAGGUCAUCCACUGAAUCAAAAGAUCAACACGUCCCUGCUGAUUUCCCUUCUACUAACAUAAAGAGCCCAGGUGGCAAAAGUGGAACUAGUAGUUCAUGGGAACGAGUCAGGAAGCUCAAACCUGAAUAUUUACUUGGGAAAAGCCAAGUUUCUUCAGAGAAUAAAGAGGAGCCCACCCCUGAGUCAAUAGAUGAGAGCAAAAGUGAGAUCAGCACCACAGAGCCAUUCAGGUUGACUGAACGGGAUCAUCCCUCUGCGAAAAUGAAAACAAAAGGAAAGAAAUAUCAAAUCUCUCCAGAAACUACCAAAAGCAAAGAAGGAAAAACAGGAGAGAAGGACACAUCAGUCAUCACCAAGAAGUUCAAGUCUCAUGAACUUGUUAAAUCACAAUCUAGAAUAACUGAAGGGACUUCAGAAUCUACCAGAGGUCUAGGAAGUUCACAUGGCAAAAGUGAACAGAAUAACCUGGAAAAAUUUCAGAAAGCCAUAAUGGCUUUCCUGAAAGAGAAAACUGAUCACAUAGAAAAGCCUUUGGAUGAAAAAACUGUGCCAGAAAAGGAGUUAUUACUUCAUAAAGCAGAAGUAGAAAAAUUAGAAAUCAUAAAGGCAAAAAUAGAGGAAUAUUUCCAAAGUGUGGCUAAAACGGUGAUAAAAAUCUUGAGACAAUACAAAGAUAUAAAAUAUGCAGGACAAGUUGGAGAGAAGAAACCUAUGAAACAAAAACAGGUAGUCUCAUAUAUGCCAGGAUUGCAUAUUCAGAAGCCAAUUAGUGCAAAUUCUAAAAUUAGCACCUUACUCUCAGAUGAGAGCGUGGACCCAGUAGUUCACAGUUUAAUAGAAAUGAUUUUGACUGAAAUAGAAAGUGAAAGAGAUGCUCCAGUAGUCUCAAUAGCAGGGAUACACCACAAGGAAAAGGAAAAACAAAGACAGGAGGAAUAUCUGCAAAAGGGUCAAGAAAACAAUUUUUAUAUAAAUCUUAAAGACCAGUUGGAAGAAAAAAGGAAUCUCUGGGAGAAGAGCCAUAAUAUGAUAAAAAAGAAUUUGAAGGAGGAGAAAGCAUGGUUCCAGAUAGAGGAAGGAGAGAAAAAGCAACAGAAGAAUCGGUGGCAGGAGGAAGAGGUGUGGGAGGAACAGCAAAAACAGAGGAUAGAAAAGCAGAGUGAGCAAGAUGAGCGGCAAAAUCAAAUGGAAGAGGAGGAAGAAGAGCGGCAAAAGCAAAAGCAACAGCAGCUGGAAGCAUGGGAGCAAACAGUGAAAACGCAAGGGGUGCCCUUGGAGAAGAAGGGACAGCAGAUGAGACAGGUUCAGAAGGAAGUGAAACAUCUACAGCUGGAAAGCAGUUGGGAGAGAGAGGAGGAGAAGCAGAAGCCAAGGAGAAAGGUAGAAGACCAUAAAAGGCAGUUGCAGAAAAAAGGAAGGUAUCCAAUAAAGAUGGAGGAGGAAAACUCAGAAGCACUAAAAGAGAUAUUCAGCCACACCUCAGUGCCACUGUCUCCUAGGAGGAAGAAGAGAUGGAAAGAUGCAUUCCAGUUAUACAAACCACAAGAGUCCCACGGGAAUCUUCAGACAUUAGAGAGUCUUGCUGAAGAAGAGCACCCCAUACCAGUCAUUCUUCCCACCCCCGCACAGGCUCCCUCACCUGGGCCCUAUCCUAUUUCUGGACGGUCUCCCACAAAGUCCAUCGCUGUCACCCCUGAGCAGGCCCAGAGACUGGGAAUCACUGUCACCCCUCAGCAGGCCCAGGCCCAGAGGAUCAUUCUCACUCCUCAACAGGCCCAACCACUUGGAGUCACCGUCACCCCUGAGCGGACCCAGGCACUUGGGGUCACUGUCACCCCUCAGCAGGCCCAGGAGCUUGGGGUCACUGUCACCCCUCAGCAGGCCCAGGCGCUUGGGGUCACUGUCACCCCUCAGCAGGCACAGGCACAGGGCAUCACUCUUACUGCUGAGCAGUUCAAGGCACUGGUGGUCUCUCUCACUCCUGAAAAAUUGCAGCAUCUGGGAGUCAUACUCACACGUGAGCAAGUCCAAGCAUUGAGGUCUCCUCUCUCUCCUGAACAAGACUGGACACUGAGAGGCCUCAUUACCUCUAGCCAGGACCAGACACUGAAGGCAUCGGUCACUUCUGAACAGACGUGGGCAAUGCAGAUCCCUGUAACCACUCAACAGGCCCAGAAAUCUGUUGUCCUUAUAACUCCAGGACAGGACGAGGCAUUGGGAGUCGCUGUCACACCACAGCAGACCCAGGCAUUGCAGGACCUUCUUCCAGAACAGGCACAGGCACUGGAGUUGACUCAUACUCCUGAGAAAGUGCAGACUUUGGGUAUCACAUGUAUCCCUGAACAAACCCAAGCAGUGGGUACCACCCUCACCCCUGAGCAGGAACAAGCAUUAGGGGUCCCUCUUACCCUUGACCAGGCUCAGGCAUUAGAGACCUCUCUCACAGAAAAACAGGCCUGGAAACUGGGGGUCUCUAUCACUCCAGAAAUAGUUCAAGAAGUAUCAAACGUUCUUACUCUUAAGCAGAACCAAGCAUGGGGAGUCCCUAUUGCCCCCCCAAAUGCCUGGAUGUCAGCCGUCACUCUUACGCCUGAACAGACCCAGGCUUUGGGGGCCCCUCUCACCUCAGUGCAUGUCUUAGGCUCUCCCAUUACCCCUGAGCAAGUCCAACCUUUGGGAGCCCCCUUUACCCCAGGACAGGCCCAGCCCAUGGGUGUUACUCGCAUGUCUGAGCAGGACCUAAAAUCAAGAGCUCUUCUCACUAAUGAGCAGCCCUCACCACUCGGGGCUGAUCCCUCUUCAGGACAUACCCUGGAAGUUGGGAUCUCUUCUAUUACCGAUAAAUCCAUCAAACCAAGGGUUCCUCACAUUACUAAGCAGUCCCUCAUAUUCGCUCCUUCCACUCUUAGACCAUCUCAAGAAUCAAAGGCUUCUCUUCCCCCUGGGCAACCCAUGACAUCCAGAACUAGGCGACCCCUGGCAUUGUCUGUUCGUACUGCUGAGAAGUCCUCCAUGUUUGAGGUCUCUUCUACUCCUUUGCAGAUACCAAGGUCUCCUCUUACCCAAGCCCUCUUUGUCCCUGGGAAAUCCCUAGGAAUAGGGACUCCUUCUGACCCUAGGAAGCUCCCAGCACCGCAGACUUUUCCUUCCUCUAGACAGACCCUGGUCUCUAAGAGUCAAUUCACCUCUGUGCAGUUGCUAGCACCAGAGGUCCCUCCCACCCUGCCUGGGAAGCUCUCCAUAUCCGGGGCCCCUCCCACUCCAGGGCAGCUCCUUAUAGCUGGAGUCCCACCCACCACCUCUCAGAUUUCCACUGUCUGUGAUCCUCUCUCUCCUGGGAAGCCCUUCAUUCCUGGGGCUUCUUCCAUCCCCGGGGAGCUCAUGGAAUCUGGACCCUUAAUCCCCUCUGAGCAGCCCCAGGCAUUUCAGCCCUCUGCUACCUGCGAGCAAUCUCCCUAUCUACAAGCCCUUUCUACCCUUGGGCAGCAUCUGGCACCAUGGACUCUUCCUGGGCAAGCUUCCCCACUACAGAUCUCUUUCACCCCUGGGCAUCCCCCAACACUAUGGGCUCCCUCAACUCCUGGACAGCCCCAGAAGGAUUUGUCCUCUGCUGUUUCUAAAAAAAGUAAGAAAAGAUUGGAAACUAUUUCUUCUCUGAAAUUGCAAUCAACAUCGGUCCAUCCCAGUGCUCCAAGCUUCAAGGUACCUCAAGCCCCUUUUACCACUAAGAAGUUCCAAAUAUCAGAGGUCUCUGACACUCCUGAAGAAACCCAGAUACUCUCCGAUCCUUUUGCCAUGGAACAAUUUAGAACAUUUGAGUCCUAUCUCGCCAAUUAUAGGACACCAGUAUCACAAACCCCCUACAUUGAUAAAGGGACUCUUCCCACUCUCAUGAAGCCUAUGACAUUGCCGCCUGCUCUUAUUACUCAACUACCCCAAACAUCACAGACCGCACCUUCACUAUGGGACCAGAAAUCCCGAUUCCCCCCUAUAAACAAGCCGUGCAUACUGACUUCAGUUUCAGGUACCAAGAAAUCCACGAUAAUGGUACCCUCUCCUUCCUCUCCCCAAGAGCUCAAAGAGCAGAGGUAUUUUGUUGAUGUGGGGGCUCAGAGAAAGAACCUGAUACUCUUACAUCAGGCCACAGAAACUUCUGGACUUCUUUCAGAACUACAUACAACAGCUAGGGAUCUCAUAAUUGAGACCCUUCAUACGAACACAGUUCGGCUGGGAUACCUAUUCCGCAAAUACAUUGCCUAUAGGCUGAUCCAGCGUGCAAGAAACAACAUAAUCAAACGAUUACAAGCCAUCCGAAACAGUGGGAAAGGUUAUGAGAUGCAGAACCUCUAUAUAAUGCUGAGCAGAAUCGAUGACUACCAGAAAAAUGUGCUGGCCGUCUGGACCAAGAAGCAGAUGUCUCUAGAGCAGAAACGGAAUCAGUGCCUGAGGAAAAUGAUGUUCUUAUUCAGCCAGCUCCAAGAGAUGCAUAAAUUGAAUCUUAGUCAACCUAUCCCUUUGAUAAUCAACGAAAGACAGAUACCCGCUCCCACCAAAUUUGUUCAACAGCCAUUGCUAGAGCUACUAGAAAAGGACAGAAGAUCUGACAUACUCAAGAAAUUUAGACAGGAAGACCACAUGGAAGCCAUCUGGAAUGCUGAUCAGUCCACUUCAAGCUACCCAAUAACAGAGAAGACAUCAAUAAAUUCACGCUGGGCCCAGCUGGGUGGGUACCCAGCUAUUCCUAUGCUGCUCCAGUUAGAUGUUCAGUCUACUUUCAGAAAAUCUCUUGCGUCCAUCCAAUCACAGCUUAAGAAGAUUCCCAAGUGA